UUCGGGCAAUGACGUUGUACUCAUGUCUUAAACAGCUGCUCAAUUUUUUAUGGGCGGAAAAAGAAAAUAAGCUUGUAUGUUAGCUGAAAAAGAAACAGUAACGUGGACUGACGUAGGGCGGCUGAAAACAUCGUAUUUUAAAAAGUUGUGACCGAGAGCACUGUUACCUUUGUGCCGCCGUUUGGUGGGUUUAGCGGUUAGCUGGUUACUACAUUCCUCGCUUGGUAGCGAACCAACUCGGGUUCUUUGUGUCGACAUGGCUGAGUCGUGCUGAGCGAUACUCAUAUUUGGAUCAUUCGCAAUGCAGGGGAACACGAUUAGCUCGGUUUCCUGAGGGUUCCGCCUUUCGGGACUGGGGCAGGAGCUAGCCCACGGCAGCGUUUACAUAGCCACUGUGGAACGCUGAAGAUACGGUAAAGACUGCGCUCGCGACAAGAACGGACAUGGGAAACUGCCUGAACUCAUCGACUUCGGAUGACAUCUCUUUGCUACACGAAUCCCAGUCGGACAGAGCAAGUUUUGGUGACGGGACAGAUCCUCGGGUUCCUGAUCAGGAGCCGCCACCGCCGUACCAGGAGCAGGCGGAGCCUGUGUCUGGCCCCUCCCCCCGCCCGCUGUCAGAGGAGGAGCAGGUGCGGUUGGCUCAGAGGAGGGGCCUCAUCCAGCACCUCCCACAGGGCCUGUACGAUGGGCGGGGCUCCGAGAAGAAGAUCAGAGAGUGUGUAAUCUGUAUGAUGGACUUUGUGUACGGGGACCCAAUCAGGUUCCUGCCCUGCAUGCACACCUACCACCAGGACUGCAUCGACGACUGGCUCAUGCGCUCGCUCACCUGCCCUACCUGCAUGGAGCCUGUGGACGCUGCGCUGCUCUCCACCUACCAGACCGACUGACCCCGCCCCCGCGCUGGGAGGGCGGGGCUCUGGGACUGGUGGAUUUGCGAGAGGGGGGAGGGGGUAUGAAGGAUUUGGGUGUCGUGCAGGGGCGCGGUUGUGGGGAUUUGGGAGCGCUUUCUUAGAGGCAUGCCUGCUGGUCAGAGAAGCCCAUCUUGGAAAGGGGAGGAGUCUGUUGACAGAGUGGGCGUGUCUCCACGUGUUGCCACGCCCUUGACUUAAGUCACGUUCAGGAUGGAUUGAUCACGCAACAAGGAUGAAAGACACAGAAGCGACUGAGACAAACAAACAAACAAAAAAACACCAGGGCAGUGGUGUAGCAAAAUGGAAUGGAAUGGGGACUAGUAAUCCAGAGGUUGCAGGUUUGAUUCCUUGGCAAGGCACAGCCAUUGUGCUCUUAAGCAAGGUGCUUAAUCUGAUCAGCUUCCAGUUGAACAGACGGGCUGUGUGUAUAUGAGCUGUGUAAGUCUAGAUAAUGCUCCACGUAACGUUCUUAAUGUGUUACUUUGAGUCAUUCUGGAAUUGAACGUCUGCUAAAUGCCUAAAAAAAAAGAGAAAGAAUAAAUAACAUUAACAGUAACUCUGUCCGUCUGUCUCGGGGGGAUAAUCAAGAAGAGACUGCGCUCUGCUUGGACACAAAACUCUGCUGUUCUCUCUGUGGCCUGCAGGGGGCCUCGCUGAGCCUUUAUUAAACCUGCCUAAGUGCUCAGUUGGUGACUGCGACACUGCAGACUGCAGACGCGUGCACGCGUGCAUGUGUGAAGGAAAGCUGUAGUUGCUGAACUGGGAGAUUGUCGAUGCCUUUAACCUUGUAGUGUUGUGACAAACACAGAAGUGUCCCAACUACCCGUAAUUCCGUUUAAAUGGAGGUUCUGUGAUUGUGUGUGAAACGGUGACACAGAGGAGGAUUCUGGGACAGGGCCCGUAUUCAUGAAGCGUCUCGGAGCAGGAGAGCUGAUCCAGGGUCAGUUUCCCCCGUCCGUGUCACUACCUUAUCCAUUCUGAGCCGAGAGGCUAAACUGAUCCUACAUCAGGAAUUGUAUUUGUGAUGCAUUUCAGUGACCUGCAGACAGGGGGCGCUAGCUGUGCCUAGAGUCUCACCUGUGGCCUGACUUCCGUCCCCAAACACUGCAGGUGCUGAGGCCCACUGUGUGUGUGUGUGUGUGUGUGUGUGCCUGUGUGUGUGCCUGUGUGUGCGUGCUGGUGUGUGUGAGGGUUGUUGGCUGGUUUCCCUUGCGAGAGAAAAAUUCAAAAGCUAAAAACAAAAUAAUUUGCUGUCAUUAUGAGUGAAGAGGUUGGGGUUUCUUCUAACUUCAUGUAAAUAAAAAUGCUGACACUGGAACAUUAAAGCACAGCAUAAUUAAAAA